AUUCGCUUCUAACGUCCAACUCAGCAUCAUGUUCAAACUUCCACUCGUUAAUCUUGUCUUUCUAGCCUUGACAGGCAUCACCCUCGCUCAUCCUACCGCGCAGCAAAACACGUCCACAUUCGUUCCCGCUUCCACUCGUUCCACUCUUCGCCGCGAUCCCUCAUCCACUACGAGCGGACUUGCUACCGUGUAUACUUCUUGCAUCAAUAAGGGACAAGUAGCAGUUACGUUCGACGACGGCCCGUAUAUCUACAUGAAGGAGAUCUCCGACCAACUCACCCAGCAUGGCGCCAAAGGCACUUUCUUUGUCAACGGAAAUAACUAUGGCUGCAUCUACUCCGAUGACAACGUUGCACGUAUCCGUUACGCCCUCUCUCAAGGCCACGAAAUCGCGUCUCACACCUGGUCUCAUCCUCAUCUCACCGAGUUGACAAGCAACCAAGUCAAAUCCGAGUUGACCCGCAUCAACGACGCGCUCCGUAAGACGCUUGGUAUAAUCCCACGAUUCAUGCGUCCCCCAUAUGGCGAAUAUAACGAUGAGGUCCGCAAAGUCGCCAACUCCCUUGGCCAAUCUGUCGUCAUUUGGGAUCAAGAUUCAGGUGAUUCGGAUGGGUAUGAUAUGAAAUACCAAAAGAGCAUUUAUAAGGAUUUCGUUUCGAGAAACCCGAAGGCCUCUGGGACUGCCAUCUUUUUGAAUCAUGAGACUCAUGAUACAACUGCGCACGAACUUUUGCCGUAUGCCAUUCAGCAACUCCAAUCAGCAGGAUACCAACUUGUUGCGCUUUCGGUAUGCCUCGGCAUUGACCCUUAUCUCAGCCAGGGUGCUCCUUCGAAGAAAGAUAGUACUUGGAAAUGUUGAAACACCGCUCUUCACCGGUAGUUUCAUGACGGCAUUCGGGCCAUUUUUCCUCGUUGGGGUUGGGCGAUGUACAGGCUCGUGAUUCGUGUUUUCGUGCCCAUACCAUCAUGACACCUCAGACUUCAUGUAAUUGCGGCAUUUCAUCAUAAUCGUUGCACAGCGAACUGGGAUACGCAUAUAGGCGUGGUAUAUGAUCUUCAG